UUCUUCCCCUUUAAAAAAACAACAAAAAAACCCCACUUGUCCUCCCCCCCUCCAGGUGGGUGUUGGCCGCGGCCCCCCCCAACUGUGGGCAACCUCCUGAUUCCGCCCCCCUCCUUUUUCCCCGUUUUCCCUGGGUGCUUUUCUUCCUUCUCCCUCCGGGGCAAAGCAAGGAUGCUGUGAGCAUCCGAGCACAGCCGCCGUCGCCAUGGUAACCUCCUCCCGCCUGCUUCCCAGGCCGUGGUCCAGCCUCGCUCCUUCCCUCCCUCCCGGCUUUGUCCUCUUUCCCCCCCCCCCCCCCGCCUGCUGUUGUCAAGGAAGGAAAUGGCACCCCGGCAGAGGGCAGGCAAGACCAGCAUGAAAAACAUGGAGAGGGAACUGCUGUGUCCGCUUUGCAAAGAGAUGUAUAAGCAGCCCCUGGUUUUGCCGUGCAUGCACAGCGUUUGCCACAUUUGCGCCACCGAAGUCCUGCUCCAGCAGGGUUACAUCUGUCCGGACCCGAACUCGGAGCCCACAUCUCCGGCGUCCACGCCAGUCACGCGGAGUCCACGCUUAGGACGCCGGAUCGUGCCAAAACCGGAGCGCCUGGAUCGGCUCCUGAAAUCAGGUUUUGGCACAUAUCCCGGCCGGAAACGAGGGGGCGUCUUGCACCCCCAGAGCGUCCUCUUUCCGUGCCCGCUGUGCCAGCGAGACGUGGACCUGGGCGAGCGAGGUUUGGCCAGUCUCUUCCGGAACUUGACUCUGGAGCGGGUGGUGGAGCGUUACCGCCACACCAUCAACGUCAACGCGGCCAUCAUGUGCCAGUUCUGCAAGCCGCCGCAGCUGGAGGCCACCAAGGGCUGUACCGAGUGCCGAUCCAGCUUUUGCAACGAGUGCUUCAAACUUUAUCACCCGUGGGGGACGCAGAAAGCCCAGCACGAACCCAUCCCUCCGACUCUCACCUUCCGUCCCAAAGGUCUGAUGUGCCCCGAACACCGGGAAGAGGUGACGCAUUAUUGCAAAACCUGCCAGCGUUUGGUGUGCCAGUUGUGCCGAGUUCGUCGCACGCACACAAGUCAUAAAAUCACACCUGUGCUCAGCGCCUACCAGGCACUCAAGGAAAAGCUGACCAAAAGCAUAGCUUAUAUCCUGAGCAAUCAAGACACAGUUCAGGCUCAAAUCAACGAAUUGGAAGAGACUCUUCGGCUUGCGGAGGUGAACGGCACCCAGGCCAAGGAAGAGGUCAAUCGGCUGAUGAACAAUUUGAGCAGCCUGGUGGACGAGAAGCGAGCCGCUCUGCUUAACGCUAUUGAAAAUUGUCGCCAAGACCGGGUCGCUCGCCUGCAAGGCCAGCUGCAGGAACACCAGGCCAUGCUGGAGAAUUCGGGCAUGGUGGGCUACUCCCAGGAGAUCUUGAAGGAAACGGACCAGCCGUGUUUUGUCCAGGCCGCCAAGCAGCUGCAUCACAGGAUCCUCAGAGCGACCGAUUCCCUCCAGGCGUUCCGGCCAGCGGCCAGCGCCUCCUUCAGCCAAUUCCAGGUGGACGUGAGCCGAGAAAUAAAGCUGCUUACAGACCUCAUUUUUAUUAAAGCACCGGAGGCUCCUGUGAUUGACACGCAGCGGACCUAUGCCUAUGACCAGAUUUUCCUCUGCUGGCGCCUGCCGCAGCACUCUCCAGCCGCCUGGCACUACACGGUGGAGUUCCGGCGGGCCGAGCCCAAGGGCAAGGCGCUCAAACUGUGGCAGCGACGGGAAGAAGUGCGAGGCACGAGCGCCAUUGUGGAGUACGUGGACACCGAUAGCGUUUACGUGCUGCGCGUCCGAGGAUACAACAAAGCUGGCUUUGGAGACUACAGCGAGGAUAUCUACUUGCGUACGCCUCCUGCACCUGUGUUGAAUUUCUUUCUGGACAAUCGGUGGGGCUUCAACCGAGAGCGCUUGGCCAUCAGCAAGGACCAGCGAGCGGUCCGCAGUGUCCCUGGUCUUCCCAUGCUGUUUGCCGCCGAGCGUUUGAUGACCAGCUGCCACCUUUCCGUGGACCUGGUGAUCGGCGACGUGGCGGUCACCCAAGGACGCAGCUACUGGGCCUGUUGCGUGGAUCCCAGCUCCUAUCUGGUCAAGGUGGGCGUGGGGCUGGAGAGCAAGCUGCAGGAAUGGUUCCAGGUGCCCCAAGACGUGGUGAGCCCCAGGUACGACCCGGAUAGCGGCCACGACAGCGGGGCUGAAGACACCACGCUGGAGUCCUCUCCGCCCUUCGCCUUCCUGACCAUCGGCAUGGGCAAGAUCCUCCUCUCCCACGGGGUGUCUCUGACCUCGCGGGAUCCCGGCAACUCCACCGUGCCGUUGCCUCCUCGCGUCGGCAUCUGUCUCGACUACGAGCACAGCAAAGUGGCGUUCUUCGACGCCGUCUCCUUCCGCAGCCUUUGGGAGUGUGGGGUAGACUGCUCGGGUCCUGUCUGCCCAGCCUUCUGCUUCAUCGGGGGCGGUGCCUUGCACCUUCAAGAGCUGGUGGUCAACCGUCAGGAACGGAAAGUCACCAUCAGCGGCUUCUCCAAGCUGGACUGAGCUUGCCGUUGGCCGAUUCUGAGCAUGUUCGGGGAGAGGAUCAACCAGCAGAAGAGCCUUGAGGGAGGGGUGGUUCAGAAGGGUGGUCCAGAUAGCCUCUCCAACCCCUGCUUGCGGGGGGAAAAAAAUGGAAAAAAUAUCUCUAGCGAUAGAGCAGAGAGGGUUUCGGGGAUAGGCACAGGGCAGAGCAUCUGUUGAGCAAUGCUGCCCUCUAGUGGAUAGGCAAACUUCCAACAGAUAAAAGAGUCUUUCAUUCUGAUGGUGGGGGUGCCCUUUUCCCAGCCAGCACCCCCUUUAAAAAAAAAAACCCACCCGAGCUGUGGGGACUGACAGCAGCUUCCACCCCACAGCUACCCCACAGAGGGAUUUUUUAAAAAUAUUAAAAUAUCCAUCUCUUUGUUUUCUUCUUAUCUUCUUCAGUAUACCCCCUAAAUAUCCGGGGGAAAUCCAGAUUUCCCCCCGUCCUCCUUUUGCCCCUGUCCGGGGCAGGAAUCUCAGUUGAGAAAAGACAAAUAUGACACCCCCCCACCCCCAAAUUCUUGUUUGGAGCAUGGCUGAGUUUGGAAUAGCCUCUUUCCUCCUUUUGGUGUUGAAAAAGAUAAAAAAAGAUUGUAAAAGGCCAUCCUGAGCCCUCGUCUCUGGACCUCUGUCUCUUGACCCGUAGGAGAGUCGGUCCACUGUACUUCUGAUGUAGUCAUAAUUUUAAAUUAAUCUCUCUCUCUCUCUCUUUUCUUUUUUAAAGUCCCUCGUCACGCUCCUCAAAUUCACCGCUUCUGUGUGAAUCGCUCCCUAACUCAUUUCCUAAUUUUGGCAACUUCCCAUUUUGCUUUUUAGGCAGUUCAAGUGGGAGAUUCUGACAUGUUAUUAGAAUUGGGGUUUUUUUUUUAAUAGAACCGGGUCAAAAUAUACAGAUAGUCCUCGACUUAACGGCUGCAAUGGAGCCCCAAAGUGUCCCCCGGGAUUAUGUGAUAAAAAUUUGGGUGCCUGCAUUUACAGUGGUUGCGGGUCCCCGGGAUCGUGUGAUCCCUAUCGGCGACCUUCCCAAGUGGCUUCCAAUAACCCAGAUCCAUGGGGGAAUCUGGUUUCGCUUAAGGACAACACUGACUCGCUUAACGACCCAGCCCCCCCCCCAAAAGAUACGACUCAUAACAACCAUGAUUCUGGUUGCAAUUGUGGCUGUAAAUCAAGGACUAUCUGUUAUUUGACAUUGAUCGAUCCUUCCCAAUUCCUAAGCAGCCUGAAUGAAAGUUCAACAGGUGCAGAGCAGGUAAUGGCUUAAACACACAAGGUGGUGAUUUGAUUGUGUUUCUGAAAAAGGGGCUGUUUUGUAAGUGUCGAGGUGUUUGUGAAAAUAUGGUGCCUGGUAGAAUAUAUCCCUUACAACUCUCCCCCCCCCCUCUUUUACCCUGUUUUCAACAAACUUCUUUCUUGGGCCCGGAUUUUUAUUUGCUUUUUUUGUCUCGGUUCUUCCCAGCAUGUGACGAGAGCAAUGCUGGAUUGUGUGUCAGUGUUAUGGUCACGAAAAGAAAGGGGGGGGGUUUAAGGAAAUAAACACUUUAAAAGGGCAAAUUUUAGGGGGCUUGGCGGCAGUCCGUGAAAUCGCCCGCGAUCGUUCUCAGACCCUGAGGCAGCUUUUAGCAAGGAAACUGGGCAAAACAGCCUCCUCUCCAAGCAUGGCUUGUGAGUUGUGAGUUCGAAAUCCAACAACACAAUGACAAACCCCUCUAGGUUGGCUCAGUAGAGCCUUCACCAAAUUGGGCUGGGUGGAUUAUCUCUCCAUCCUCCCCCCAGCCCCAAUGUUUCUUUUAAUUUAUUUUAAUCAGCCCCCUUCUGCACUUUGGAGUCCACCCUGAGGACUAGAAUCUUGCUUUUCAAGGAGAGAAACCACACCAUCACGAAGAGCUGGCUCGCAACUCUUGUGCAGUCCCUGACUUAGGUUGGAAACGGACCUAGGGGAUGGGCAGAGAGUCUGAUGGGGUAGGAGCCUUGCGACAUUCCCCCUCCUUUUUCCAUGUCUUUGGCCAGAUUGUUAACUUAAAAAAUAAAUGAAUGAAUAAAGUUUUAAACUGUUGGGCUUUGA